AUGCAAAUGAGUUGAAAUAUUAGUUUUCAAUACCGGGGUAGAUGUUGAAAUGCUAAUUGAAUGGUCGAUGUGCACUUGAUAUUGUGGACUCCAAACCGACGAACAAUAUUCCAAAAUAGGACGGACAAGGGAGUGUCGAAUCCGCCGACAACACAAUCUCCGCCCACAACCACAACACUGCGGCGCGCGACAACAUCAGCAGAAAACAGCCCAGACGCCUACUCUAUCAGCAUUUUUAAUGGCACUGCCGGCGAAGGACCAACCAAUUCGGUAUUUGUGACUAACAAAUCAAGCGUAAAAUAUUUAUCGAAUCUAAAUGAGGUUGAUAAGACGAAGCAAAAGCUCACGGAUAAUAGCCCGAAGGGUUCCGACUGGUCCAAAGGCAAGAACAGUAAGGGUCCUAGCGCUAACGCUGCUUCUUACUCACCUGUCACUGGAUGGCUACUUAGGCUCCUUUCCCUGCUAGCAACAUUUUCGUGUGGUUAAUUUUCAAAUACGUACAUUAUAUAAUAAAAGCCAUAACUACUAAGU